AUGCACGACAGGGAACAGCAGUGGCAGCAGCAGCUGCAGCUGCAGCGGCAGGCAAAGCAACAAGAGCAGCCGCAGCACCGCAACGAUGAGCACCAGCAGGAGCAGCAGCAACAGGAGACACAGCAGCAGCAGCAGCGACAGCAGCAGCAGCAGCAACAACAACAACAGCAGCGCCAUGGGUGUGUGUCUCUUCAACUGAGUUCACUUACUUACAGGCAGCAGGAAGAAUGGAUGCAGCAGGACUGGCUGCAUCCGCAGCAGCAGCGCCAGCAGCAGCAGCUGCAGCAGCAGCAGCUGCAGGAGCAGCAGCAAGAGCUGCAACACCACCAGGGGACAGAUGCAGCAGCAGGGGGCCCCUCGUUGAGGGCUCGCCUUCCUUGGGCUGCAGCAAACAGUCGGGGGUGGGAGGCAAUCGAAGUUGUAGGCAGCUUGCGUCCAGAGCGGCGCAGCGGUGCUGCCUCGUGUGUAUAUAAGAACAGCCUCUUCGUGUUUGGGGGUUAUGGGGGUUUAUCUCGCCUAGGCAAUCUCUUCAAGUUUGAUUUUUGCACGUCACGGUGGAGGGAGAUAAAGGCCCCUGGAUGCCCCAGCCCUCGCGAAAGCAACGGGGCAGUGGUUUUAGGCGAGAAGAUGUUUGUCUUUGGGGGUUAUUCAGGAACGCACUGGCUCAACGACUUGCAUGCCUUUGAUCUAGGGGCGGGGAAGUAUCAGGGAUUACGAGGACAGUUUAUUGCGAAACUGUAG